AUGCACGAAAGACUGAACAUCUACAAAGAGAAAGUGGUCGAUCAGUACGCUUCAUCCCCAGAGAUCACUCCUCCUGUCACACCUGUGCUGCUCAAAGACGAACACACACAACUCCUAGAGGAUAGGAAAAAGCAAGCAGAGGAGGACCGCGUAAAGAAGGAAGAGGCUGACGAUAAGAAGAAAGAGGAGCAGGAGAAGAAGAAAAAGGAGAACGCCGAGAAGAAGAAGGAAGACGAGAAGCAAAAGAUAUUACAGGCUGUAAAUGUGCAACUGAAUAGGAACAUACCGACCAAGAUAAAGGAAGCUUUCUGGUACUCGGUGGACGUUGUUCUGAAGCCAAUUGAGGACAAGAUGGACUCUGUGCUGGGGAACACCAUUGACCCUUUCACAGACCGGCACUACAUCGCCUGGCUGAGCUUGGUGACCUUGGCCUUCAACUACAACACCUGGUUUAUCACGGCCCGUCUGUGCUUCCCGUACCACUCGGAAUAUGCCAUUCCCUUCUGGUUCGCCGGAGAUACGCUGGCAGACCUCAUCUACCUCAUAGACACAAUCCUCUUCCAGCCCCGCAGACAGUUUGUCAAAGGAGGGGACAUCAUAACGGACCGACUGGUGACAAAGACAAACUACAGAACAUCUGUCAGAUUCAAGCUAGACAUGCUGGCCAUCAUGCCAUUCGACUUGCUGUACCUAGAGUUUGGAUUCAAAUCCGUUUUCAGAGCCAAUCGUCUGAUGAAGGCGGACACAUUCUUUGAGUUCAGCGAUCGUCUUGAGAGCUUAAUGUCCAAAGCUUACAUCUGGAGAGUGAUUCGGACCAUUGGAUAUCUUCUCUUCAUGCUGCACCUCAACGCCUGCUUCUACUACGUGGCUUCAGAGUAUCAGGGAAUCGGGAAGACUAGAUGGGUUUACUCCGGUCUGGGCAGCGCCUACCUCAGCUGCUUCUUCUAUGCCGAGAAGUCCCUGCUGAUGAUCGCUGAGUUGCCAUUACCAGACACCAUGUUCGGACAGAUCUUUCAGAUGACAAACUACCUUUUUGGGGCUUUCUUUAUGUCCACCAUUCUUAUCCAG